AUGUAUAAAUACAUUGAUCCAAAGUUGAAAGAGCGACAAGGGUAGGGUUUGGUUUAUUGUCUCUACUAAUUUUUGUGAAGUUAGAAUUUCAAUAUAUAAAUAUAAUAAUCCCUCCCAUUUCAAUUCCAUAGAGCCAAAUAAGGCUCUGAAAUGAACUAUACGUUAUUUGUGGUUCUACAUUUUGGCGGCGAAAUUCAGUGGGAAAAGGAGUGAUAAUUGCUCGUGAGAGGAGAAUCUUUCACAAUCUUGCAAAAUCAAUACAAUUAAUUUAUUAUAUGGGUGUCGAAUGGGUUCGAUAGAAACGGGAACAGAGGUGGAAGCCGUUAAGUGCUACUGCUGCGGGUUAACGGAGGAAUGCACGCCGUCAUACAUUGAUCGUGUGCGCGAGAGUUAUCAUGGCCGUUGGAUUUGCGGGUUAUGUGCGGAAGCAGUGAAGGAAGAGGAAUUGAAAUCGAAGAGCACCGAUGAGGCGCUUAAGCGACACAUGAAUUUCAGAACUUCAACUUCAAGUCCUCCUAAUAAACCCACACUCGAUUUGAUUGAUGCGGUUAAACAUCUUCUUUUUCGGUCUUUGGAUUCUCCGAAGAAGGAGGAACCUUUGACUUUCCUGUCGCACGUUUGUUUUUCUAAUUUGAAUGGAACCACACACACAGGGCCGCAACCGCAUACUAGGAUUGUGCAGGAGGGAGACACUGGCUAGAGUGGAGAUUUGAUAUUCUUCAAUUAUCGCAAUGGUAGUUUAUAUUUUCUAAUGCUAAAUGACAUUUACUUUAGGUUAAUUAUUAGGUUGUGUUUCUAUUUGCGAUAUUUAUUAUUGAAAUGGAUGAUUAUUGGUACUAAGUCUUUGGUUUGGUUGCGCGAGAAAAUUGAUAAAAUCACAUUGAAUUAUUCUAAUUUUGUAAAAGCUAUGUAAUAUAUCUUUGGUAAAAUUAUAGUGUAAUUUUGUUAAUUUGAUCAUGAAAUGAAAUCAAAUAUAAGUUUAAUUACUUGAGUU